AUGGCAAUGUUGUGCGAUCUCAAAGAUCGAUUUUCUCAAGCCAACGGACCUCGUAUCUUCCAAUUACAGAAGACUAUUGCUUGUCUUACUCAAGAUAACCUCACGGUUAGUGCAUAUUUUACACAAAUGAAAGGAUUAUGGGAUGAGUUACUCAAUUACAUACAAUUGCCAUCCUGUUCAUGUGGUGCUCUACAAUCCCUAUCUGAUCUCCAACAGCAAGAUUACGUUAUGUGUUUCCUUAUAGGACUAAAUGAUCGAUACUCUCACAUUCGAGGUCAGAUUCUGUUAAUUGAUCAUCUUCCUCCAAUUAACAAAGUUUUAUCUCUUAUUCUUCAAGAAGAAAGACAAAGAGACAUCGGAUCUUUCAUGAUCCCUUCCAUUCCUUCUGCUGCUUUGUCUUCAAGCAGUAUUGGCAAACCUUCUGCUGGCAGUAGGGCUUCUAUUCGAAAGGAUAGACCUCUAUGUUCUCAUUAUGGAUUGCAAGGUCACACUGUUGACAAAUGCUUUAAACUUCAUGGAUAUCCACGAGGAUGUUGUGUUAAAGCCAGAUCCUCAACUCCUUAUGCUAACCAAGCAAUCUCCAAUGAUUCCAAUUUAUCUCUACCUCUUUCUCAUACACAGUGUCAACAACUUUUGGCACUUCUCAAUCCUGCUCCUACUCAUCAGGCAGCAAAUACAAUUACCUCAUCUCUUCCUGAUCAUCUCUCAGGUAAAUUUUCCUUUAAUAAUUCGGUUUUUUCCUCCAUCAAUAAACCUUCCAAACAAUUUUCUGAUAAUGACUGGAUAAUUGAUACUGGUGCGACUGAUCAUAUGGUCCACUCCAUAUCUUUAUUCACUUCAUAUCAACCUGUACACAACACUGUUCUGAAGCUUCCUAAUGGAACUUCUGCUCAUGACCUCAUACAUUGGAGGACGAUUGGGAGGGGACAAGCUAAAGAAGGGUUAUACCUACUACAACCUCCACCAGUUCAUGGUUUUGUGUCUCAAAAUGUAUCUUCCGAUGUUGAUUCUUUCAGUGUUAAACCACAUACUAUUGGGCUGGAUGUCAAGACAGCAGACGAUCCCUUACUGGUUUUUGUAUUUUCCUUGGCAUUCUCUUGUGUCAUGGAAAUCCAAGAAGCAAGCUAUAGUAUCGAGAUCCUCUGCAGAAGUCGAGUAUCGAGCAAUGGCUUCCACAGUUUGUGA